GAGGCGCAUUUAUGUGCUGCAGCAUUGUACAAAUACAAGAACGCGUAACUUCAGGCAUUCAGAGAACAGCGUCCAGAAAACACUACGAGCAGCUAAAAUUUUUCCACAUUUCAGUACAAGAGUAAAACUAAGAACACCACGUUCUACAGUGGAUCUUAAUAAUCCUAAACUAGACCUGCAUUUCAAAGCUUCAGCAACAAAUCUACAGACUGCCUACAAAAGUACUGUAUUACCAAGAUGCUUUUACUAGUGCAUCCAUCGGGAAUUUUCCAGUACGCGGAAAAGCUGCUUCUGACCAAGAAGACUGGGCAGCUCCAUUUUCAAGAGUUUGUCCGUAAGAAUGCUGCAAAUGCCCUUUCUAUAUUAAACUUGAUAUUGGGCAUAACUUCGGUUCUUUGCAGCUUAAAUGGGAUGCAUACCAUAGCUUGUUACCUGCUUCUGGCUGGGUUUCUCUUCGAUAUGGCAGAUGGAGCAGUUGCUAGAAGUCUGAAUGCCUGUUCAUCACUUGGUGCAAAGUUAGAUGAUUUUGCUGAUUUCACCACCUUCGGUAUUGCAACAUCCCUUUUGCUACAGCCCAGUGGACUUCUGGACAGUCUGUUGGUUGUCUGCUAUGUAUUGGCUGUUUUUAUUCGCCUCUGUUUCUUCUCAACUGGUAUCCCUUUUAUGUACCGUGGACUGCCAUGCUGCUAUGCCUCUGUAAUCAUGGCCUCUGUCUGCUCUCUGUCUGGUGGCAGCCCCUUUCUGCUGCGAGCUACUGCUGUCUUAAUGAUUAACUUUAUGCUUGAUAAGGGUUUCUAUCAACAUGACAAGGUGCUGGAAUCUCACUGGUGGAAGAAGAUAGUCUAUGUUGGAGGUGCCUUGAUGAUGGUGCUCUUCCCUUUUCCUGUUACCAGUGUGUACUACUUCAUCUGGUCUGUUUCCUAUACACUGUUUCCAGCAACCUUGUGGAGUUAAAGAAGUUCAAGGUUUUGCCUCAUUUCUCACUCCCUUAUUCACGGAAAAAAUACUUUGCUUAAAUUCCUAAACUGCUGAAAAGAGCACCUCAGCGUAUUUUACAGUUGUGGUGUGAAAUAUUUUUGCAAGACAAGAAGCAUACUGUAGAAUCAGUGAGACUAAGAAUUUUUCAGAUGACGUGACCGUCUGAUAAGAAAGCAAGUUCAGAUGCUGGAAAUAAGAAACACCAGUUUCCAGACAAAAGCUAUGCCACACUUUGUUGUUGCAUACUGCUAAACUAACAUUUUUCAUUUCUUUGCCUGACGUAAUGAAGUGGUUGCCUGUGCCUUA